UAAUUAAAAAAUGAAUUGGAUGCUAAAAUGGCUAUUCAAAAACUAUUCCAUAUGCUCACGCGUCGCAAUUAAACCUGCAACUCAGAUUAUUACAUUUAACCAAAAACAAUCUAAAACCUUCUCUUAAACCCUAGCUGCGCCUCUCUCUCUCUCUCUCUCUAUCCCCCCACACACAACACCUGCACGCGAAGAGCGCAAUGGAUAUUGACGGAGAUGGACAAGGGGAAGCUAGGCAAGUUCAAGUGCGCUUCGUAACGAAGCUACAACAGCCGUACAAAGUGCAGCAAGCUUCUAUCUCCAUACCUGCCAAUCUCACUCGCUUCGGCCUGUCUGCACUCGUCAACAAUCUCCUCCUUACAGUGAAUGCGGAUUGGACAACGGAGCCCUUUGAUUUUCUUAUUGAUGGAGAGCUGGUUCGUAUGUCACUUGAAGAGUUCCUUCUUGCCAAAGGCAUUUCUGCUGAAAAAGUACUUGAAAUUGAAUACAUUAAAGCUAUAGCUCCUAGGAAACAAGAGGAGCCUUCUUUGCAUGAUGACUGGGUCAGUGCAGUUGACGGUUCUAGUGAUGGGUACAUUUUGACCGGAUGUUAUGAUGGUUUUGGAAGAAUAUGGAAGGCUGGUGGAAUUUGUACACAUGUAUUAGAUGGACAUUCUGGCCCCUUGACUUCUGUUUGUAAUUUGAUGCCCAAAGUUGAUAGCAUUGCUGAUCAAGUUGUUGCUACUGGUUCGAAGGACAGGACGUUGAGGUUGUGGAAGUUUCGCGAAGAGGAUCUGAUUGAUCAACCAAAGAAGAUUAGAUCAGUUAAGAUAUUGCGGGGUCAUACUGGUGCUGUUCAAAGUAUUGCAGCAAUACCCUCCGGUGAUAUGGUGUGUUCUGGUUCUUGGGAUUGUACUAUCAACUUAUGGAACACAAGUGCUACCGACACUGAUGACUCAGUUUCAGUGAAAAAGAGGAAAAAGGGUGGUGAAGAUGAGGAGGCUCUAUCAGAGGGCGAAGCUUUCACAACACUAGUGGGACAUACACAGUGUGUAUCUUCUGUUGUCUGGCCACAACGUGAAACAAUUUAUUCAGGCUCUUGGGAUCAUUCUAUCAGAAGAUGGGAUGUUGAGACAGGGAAAGACUCUUUCAACAUGUCCUGUGGUAAGGCUAUUAACUGUCUUAGUAUUGGAGGUGAGAGUUCUGCCCUUAUUGCUGCUGGUGGUUCUGAUCCUGUUCUUCGAGUAUGGGAUCCUCGCAAACCAGGAACUUUGUCUCCUAUAUUCCAAUUCUCAUCACAUAAGUCUUGGAUAUCUUCUUGCAAAUGGCACAAUAAGUCAUGGUAUCACUUAGUAUCUGCAUCAUAUGAUGGAAAAGUGAUGCUGUGGGAUCUGAGAACUGCGUGGCCAUUGGCUGUGAUAGAAACACACGGGGACAAGGUUCUGUGUGCUGAUUGGUGGAAAGGUGAUAGUGUGAUUAGUGGUGGUGCUGACUCCAAGCUUUGCAUUUCCUCCGGAGUAUCAGUGCUGUAAUCAGGCUUGCAAGCGUUCUCUUUGCAUCCGGAGUAGUCUGAAGCAUCUAAUUCCUCUGAAAUGGUAUGGUAUGGCUGCACCAUACAUGAUGGUAAGCUGAUCGCAGAGUUCUUGCUGGAAGCUGUGGUGCAAGUGGAAACUCUUACUCUCAGCGAUCAUGAUGCCAGUUCAAAUGGGUCGCACUUUAAGGAGUUUGCCUGAUUACUGGCUCAAAAGGCGCGAGGUGUGUCAUUGCUACUGAAUGAGAUAGCAUUCUCUAAUUAACUCGAUGUAAGCUAUUACUAUUAUUUCUGAAGACGAUAGAUUAUUGAGCUUUUGAUCACUCUAAAUUUGCUCCUUCGCUGUUUAGAACGAUUUUGAGUAGGAAUACAACAUAGGAGAGAAGCCUUGAUAUGAUUAUUAUAUUUUUGAAUAUACUAGCAUCUUUACUUUCA